AGCGGGGCGGCGCUCGCGUCCGCGAUCUCUUCCUGCUGCGCGCGUUGAUGGCUGUCUUCGGGGGGCCGAAGAGCCCGUGGCGCGCGCGCGACGGGCGGGCGCAUCGCUGCCGCAACGGAGCUUGGAGGCACGACGCCGCGAUGAACGUCCAGCAGGCGCUGCGCAUGGAGAGAGCAGUGGGCCUGGCGGGCGCGACCCUUCUCCACGUGAGCAAGGUCGAGGGGGGUGGCGACCCCGACGCGGGCUUCUCCAUCGCGCGCAAUAUGCCGCGCGAAACGCUGGGAAGGUUUUUCGCUGCAGGGAAUAAUAAUUUACUCAAGACCUUCUGCAAGUGGCGCGACCAGCAGGAGAGGGCGGAGCCUCGCCUGGCGUUCAGGGGCGCGCGUCUGAAGAUCGAGCCUGGCAAUGCAGCGGUGGAAAUCAGAAAGAGCCCCGUGGUCAACUGCUACGCGCACGUGGAUUUAUCCAUCAAGUUCAAGCCCCCCGCCGCCGACGCUGACAGGUGCGACCUCAUGAUGGCGACCCUCUACGGCGACGACGCGGGGCCCAAGGAGAUCGAGGGCGUUGGCGAGGCGCUGGCGCCGAUGCACCUGCG